GCCUGCGCUGCUCUUCUAGCUAUCCAUUAGGUCCUUCCCCUGGCGUUACCCGAGUCGGGCAGGAGGCGGGGGGGGGGAGGAGGAAAGGAGCGGCUGUGACGCAGCGACUCUUUCGUGGUGCUGUUUGAAAAAUUGGCCCAAACAUGGCGGCGGCUGUGAGCGGGUCUGAGGAGGAAGAGGCAGCGGCUGGAAGCAACGAGCACCCAAAGAGCGGUGAGGCGGGAGGAGGAGGGCCGGUGGCAGGAGCCGCCGGCGACAGUGAGGACGAGGAGGAUGUGUAUGAGGUGGAGAAAAUCUUGGACGUGAAAACCGAAGAUGGUAAAAUACUCUACAAAGUACGAUGGAAAGGCUAUCCACCAGAUGACGACACAUGGGAACCUGAAGAACAUUUGGAAGACUGUAGAGAAGUACUUCUUGAGUUCCAAAACAAAAUAGUGGAGGCUAAGCCUAAGCCAACUAAAAAAGAGAUACAGAAACUGCCUUUAAAUGAUGAUCUUUUUGAAGCAGAUUCUGAAGCAGACAGUGAUUGGCAAAGUGAUACAAAAGGAGAUGUUUCUCCAAAGAAGAAAAAGAAAAAAUCUAAAGAAAAGGAGGACAAAAGCCACAAUGAGAUGCAAAAGAAAAAGUCUAAAUCAGCAAAAGGUAAAGAGAGACCUGGACUAGAAUGUGAAAAUUCUUCUGAUAGUUUGGCUUCAGAUUCAAAACCAAAAAAAAGGACUUCAGAGUUAAAGGAAAGUACAAAAGAUUUCAAAAAACAGAGGAGAGAAGAUAUAAAAGAUACAAAUAAAAAAAAGGGAGAAGUCAAAGAUGGGAAGAAAAAACUGAAAGAGGAGUCUAAAGAAAGUAAACAUUUGCAAAAGGGAAAAUACAGUUCUCUUCAGUUGGAUGAUGAAUCCAGCAUGCCGGAUGAUUUUUUUCCUCAGGCUGCUGAUAUUGAAGAUCUGGACUCUGACAACAGUGAGGAUAAACGUAAGACAUGUCAUGGAAAAGAGCCAUUAGAAAAAGAAAGAAUGUCCUGGAUUUCAGUUGAGCAGCCAGACAGUUCAUCAAACACAGAUGAUAGUUCAGAAAUUAAAGUUAAGAGAAAAAAGAAGAAACACAAAAAGGGCGAAAAUCUUGAGGACAGUAGGAAAGUGGACAGGUAUUCUGAGAAGAAGAGUGCACACAAGAAGCAGAAGAUUCAAGAGAAAGCAAAAGUUGUUGCUGAGUUAGACAGCAAGAGACCCAUGACACCCACUCCAGUGCAGAAAAGUCCAAAACUGUUCCUUGAUGACCGAGGACGCAAGUCCAUUGAUUCAGUAGGGGAGUUAAGUGGUAAUAUAAAACUGAAGAGCAAAGACACUAAAGUGGGUCAGUCCUCUGCCAGGGAUGUGCCUCAGAAGUCAACAGUGGCUGAAAACAAAGAAAAAAAAUUGAAUUGGAGAGACGAUGAAGAGAGAUUUAAAGACAGGUCUUCAGAGCAUUCUGUGGGGGAGAGUCUGUUUGAAAAAUUUACUCUGGAUCCUGAAACCAAUAAAGGAGGAAGCACCAUCAGCAAGAAGAAUUUGUCUAAAAGCACUCUUAAUAUUGACUCAAAGGAAAGAGGGACAUUAAUUAAGGAAAAGGAAAUAAAAAAAAGCGAAACAAAGGAGAAACUUCUGAAAAGGCCUGAUUCCGACAAGGAAGAAAAGGGCAGAAAAGAGCAAAGGAAUUUCAAAAAUGUGAAAGAGAUCAAGAAUGCAUUUGAUGUGCUCAGCAUUUCUGCCGAAGAAAAAAGUGAAUACUUGGAUAAAAGAGAGGAAUCAGCACAUGAUUACAGAUCUGCAGAUGAAUUCAGAUCAAAAGACAAACAUAUGUAUGGCAGGAGCGCAAGAGACGAGACAGAUACUUGGGCUUAUAUUGCUGCAGAAGGUGAUCAUGAUGUGAUUGAGGACAUUUCUGAUGCAAAGCAACAAACUCUGAAUUUGGGCAUGGACAUGCAGUUAGAAUGGCUGUCACUGGAGGACUUCCAGAAACAUCUCGAUGGAGGAGAUGAGAAUCACUUGUCAGCUGAACCAGUAUCAUCCACUCAGCUGCGGGACGCUGUUAAAAACGGACACUAUGCUACAGUGAAGAUGGCACUUAAUUCAAAUGAAGAGUAUAAUCUUGACCAAGAGGAUUCUAGUGGGAUGACUCUUGUGAUGCUCGCUGCUGCAGGGGGUCAUGAUGAUAUCCUUCGACUUCUCAUCAGGAAAGGGGCUAGAGUUAAUUGCAGACAAAAAAAUGGAACGACUGCCUUGAUACAUGCAGCUGAAAAGAAUAAUCUGACUACUGUAGCCAUCCUUCUGGAAGCUGGGGCAUGUAUCAAUGUACAGCAAAAUAGUGGCGAAACAGCUUUAAUGAAGGCUUGUAAGAGAGGAAAUUAUGAUAUUGUCCGUCUUAUGAUUGAAAGUGGAGCAGACUGCAACAUCUCAUCAAAACAUCAAAGCAAUGCCCUCCAUUUUGCCAAACAGUGUAAUAACUUACUAGUUUAUGAACUCCUCAGCAAUCACUUGGCUACACUCUCACGAGUGGCAGAAGAGACCAUCAGGGAAUACUUUGAAGCUCGUCUUACUUUGAUGGAACCUGUAUUUGAUAUUGCGUGUCAUCGGCUUUGUGAGGGACCAGAUUAUUCUUCAGAAUUCAACUAUAAACCGUCACAGAAUGUGCCUGAAGGAUCUGGAAUUCUUCUGUUCAUUUUCCAUGCAAACUUCUUUGGAAAGGAUGUUGUUGCUCGACUUUGUGGACCAUGCAGCGUGCAAGCUGUGGUUUUAAACGACAAAUUCCAGCUGCCUGUAUUCUUGGACAGUCACUUUAUUUAUUCCUUCAGUCCUGUUCAAGGCCUUAACAAAUUCUUCAUACGGUUGGCAGAUGUUCCUGAGGCCAAGGUAAAGCUACUGAUAGGUGCAUACAGAGUGCAGUUGACUUCAUGAUCUGAACAUUAUUGACACAUUUUAUUUGAGUAUUUGUUUCCUUUUUCUUACCAAGCAGUUUGGAACUCCCAGUGUAUUCAGUACUCUACUAAUGCUUCAACCUUACUUUCUUCACUUGGACUCUAUUUACAUGUCAUGCUAACUAGCAGAUGGGCUGCUUAAGAAAUUGAACAAGAUUGUUUCCUUUUGUAUAGAUAUAGCUGUGUUUGUGCCAAUGACUGUAAUUCAGUUUCAAAGUUGUGAAGUCCAGACUGCAUAUCUCAGCAUUUCCACAAUGUGGAAUAGUACAAAUACAUGGUACAAAUAUCUACAAAUGAUUUUUAAACUCACACUCUCGAUUCUUUGUAAAGACUAAAAUUUUGUUGUAACUUCAUUGUUUAUAUUUAUGCUGUCUUUUUUAAAUAAGCAGAACUACAUUUGUUACUAUUGUUACACAGGAAUGUAAGUGGUAUUUCUGCUUAAUAAAUGACUGGUGUAACUAAGACGUUUGGGCGUCAGUUUAAUAUACGGAGGGUGGUUAAAGUAGAAAAUAUGAACAAAACUUUGAUUUGGUAUCAUUGUAAAAGUCCAGUUUUCUUCAAGGAUUUAACAAGGAGAUAAUAUUACAUACAAGUUUGGGUUUAUUUUUAAGGGAGAACAUAUUUAUAGAUUUGUUCUAAUCUCCUACAACUGUACAGUGACCCAAAGGAAUAAUCUGUUGGCCUAAUUAAAUGGCCCAUUUUUAUUUGGCCAACAAUAUUGUAUGUAAAGCAUAUAUAUAAAUCAAUUUCUUGUGUGAAAUAUUAAAGAUCAUUAGACAAGUUUCAUUCA